AUGACGGCCGAACAGCGGCGGAAUUUGCACGCCUUCCGCGGCUAUGUCAGGAAGAUCCUGGAUCCUACCUACAUCCUGAGCUACAUGACUCCCUGGUUUAGGGACGAUGUGGUGCAGCAUAUUCAGGCUGAGAAAAACAACAAGGGGCCCAUGGAGGCUGCUUCACUUUUCCUCCAAAUCCUAUUGGAGCUCCAGGAGGAAGGCUGGUUCCGCGGCUUUCUGGAUGCCCUUCACCAAGCAGGUUAUUCUGGACUUUAUGAAGCCAUUGAAAGUUGGGAUUUCCAAAAAAUUGAAAAAUUGGAGGAGUAUAGAUUACUUUUAAAGCGUUUACAACCAGAAUUUAAAACCACAAUCAAUCCAGAAGAUAUCCUUCCUGAAAUAUCUGGAUGUUUAAUUAAUCAGGAAUGUGAAGAAAUUAUUCAGAUAAGUUCCAACAAGGGGCUGAUGGCAGGUGCAGAGAAAAUGGUUGAAUGCCUUCUCAGAUCAGACAAGGAGAACUGGCCCAAAACUUUGAAACUUGCAUUGGAGAAAGAAGAGAGCAAGUUCAGCGAACUGUGGAUGGUAGAGAAAGGUGCAGAAAAUAUUCAAAUGAAAGAUCUUGAGGAUGAUGAAAUGAAAACUUUGGACGUACAGAUUGUCUACAAAGAAGAACCAGAAAACCAGAAUCUUAGCCAGAAUUCCUAUCCUUCUUCAGGAGUGCCUCCUACUUAUAGCCCAUUGAAACCAAGAAAUUACCAACUAGAGCUUGCUUUACCUGCUCAGAAGGGAAAGAACACAAUAAUAUGUGCUCCUACUGGUUGUGGAAAAACCUUUGUUUCACUUCUUAUAUGUGAACAUCAUCUUAAGAAAUUUCCACAAGGACGAAAGGGGAAAGUUGUCUUUUUUGCUGUUCAACUCCCAGUGUAUGAACAGCAGAAAUCUGUGUUCUCAAAACAUUUUGAAAGACUUGGGUACAAAGUUGCAGGCAUUUCUGGAGCGACAGCUGACAAUGUCUCUGUGGAACAGAUUAUUGAGAACAAUGACAUCAUCAUUUUAACACCACAGAUUCUUGUGAACAGCUUUAAAAAUGGGACUGUUCCAUCACUCUCCAUCUUUACUUUGAUGAUAUUUGAUGAAUGCCACAACACCCAUAAACACCAUCCAUAUAAUAUGAUCAUGUUUAAUUAUCUAGAUCAGAAACUGGGAGGAUCUUCAGACUCACUGCCCCAGGUCAUUGGGCUGACUGCCUCAGUUGGCGUUGGAGAUGCCAAAAAUACAGCCGAAGCCACGGAAUAUAUCUGCAAACUGUGUGCUUCUCUCGACACAUCAGUGGUAACAACCGUCAGAGACAACUUGGAGGAACUGGAGGAGGUUGUUUAUAAGCCCCAGAAGUUUUUCAGGAAAGUGGAAUCACGGACUACAGACAAAUUUAAAUGCAUCAUAUCUCAGCUGAUGGCAGAGACGGAGGCUCUGGCAAAGAGUAUCUUUGAAGAACUUGGGACCGUAACUCUUGAAAACUUAUCGCAAAUUCAAAAUAGGAAUUUUGGAACACAGAAAUAUGAACAGUGGAUUAUUGCAGUUCAGAAAGCAUGCAUGGUGUUUCAAAUGCCAGACAAAGAUGAAGAAAGCAGGAUCUGUAAAGCCCUGUUUUUGUACACAUCACAUUUGCGGAAAUACAAUGAUGCCCUCAUUAUCAAUGAGGAUGCACGGGUGAAAGAUGCUCUGAAUUACUUGAAAAACUUCUUCAGAAAUGUCCGGGCAGCAGGAUUUGAUGCAAUUGAGCAAGAUCUCACUCAGAGAUUUGAAGAAAAGCUGUUGGAACUAGAAGAUAUUUCCAUGGAUCCCAGCAAUGAGAACCCUAAACUCGAAGAUCUCAGCUUCGUCUUGCAAGAGGAAUACCACUUAAACCCAGAGACCAGAACCAUCCUCUUUGCGAAAACCCGAGCGCUAGUGGAUGCCUUAAAGAACUGGAUUGAAGAACAUCCUAGGCUCAGCUUUCUAAAACCUGGCGUAUUGACUGGACGUGGCAGAACAAAUCAGACAAUGGGAAUGACCCUCCCAGCACAGAAGUGUGCAUUGGAUGCAUUCAGAACCAACAGAGACAGCAAGAUUCUAAUUGCUACCUCGGUUGCUGACGAAGGCAUUGACAUUGCUCAGUGCAAUCUGGUCAUCCUCUACGAGUAUGUGGGCAAUGUCAUCAAAAUGAUCCAAACCAGAGGCAGAGGAAGAGCAAGAGGGAGCAAGUGCUUCCUUCUGACUAGUAAUGCUGAUGUAAUCGAAAAAGAAGAAAUAAACAUCUGCAAAGAAAAAAUGAUGAAUGACUCCAUUUCAAGCCUGCAGAGCUGGAAUGAAGCAGUAUUUAAGGAAAAGAUUCUCCAGAUACAGAGUCAUGAAAAAUUAAUCAGGGAUAAUCAAGGAAAAGUAAAACCUGUGCUUGAUAAGAAAAAUAAAAAACUGCUUUGCAGAAAGUGCAAAACCUUUGCAUGUUACACAGCUGAUAUAAGAGUGGUGGAGGAAUGCCAUUUCACUGUGGUUAAAGAUGCUUUCAGGGAGCGCUUCGUGACUAAGUUACAUCCCAGACCGCAGAAUUUUGGUAGUUUUGAGAAGAAAGCUAAGAUCUUCUGUGCCAGGAAGGACUGCCUCCAUGACUGGGGAAUUCACGUGAGGUACAAGGCAUUUGAGAUUCCAGUUAUAAAGAUCGAAAGUUUUGUUGUGGAAGAUGUUGCGACUGGGGCUCAGACACUAUAUGCAAAGUGGAAGGACUUUAAUUUUGAGAAGAUCCCAUUUGAUGCUGCAGAAAUGUACAAUCACGCUCAAGACCUCAAUCUGCAGGGAAUGGAUGGCCUUGAAUGA